AUGUCCUCAGGUGUACCUUCGACGGAUGCUCUGUUCAGAGAAGUCUGGUCAGAAUACGGUGUCAGCAUAUGUUUCAUACUGCUGCGGUUCUACGCCAGAUUAAAGUUCUUCGGAAUCAGGAAUCUGGACAUCGGAGAUGCAUUCGCAGGCCUUGCGUUGAUCUUUUACACACUGGAGACCGCCGGCAUAUACAACUUUACGCAGCUGGGCAACAACAUCGGCCUCAACGAGGAGACGGCCAUGUUGAUCCCCGACAGUCAGGUUCCAGCCGUGACGUUGGGCUCGAAGCUGGCUUUCAUGAAUUGGAUAUGGUAUAUCAGUUUGAUCUGGUCGCUGGAAGGCGUGUUGUGGACCAUUUACGUCAAGCUUGGGACCGGCGUUGCGCGACAAGAAGUGGCCGUCAAGGCUUUCUCCAUCUUCACAUUCUGUACCUGGCUAGCCUGUGUCCUUACACACGUCUGCAUAUGCAUGCCAGCAUCGAGAUCGUGGCAAGUCAAGGCGUAUGCUGGAGACAACUGCACUGUCCGCACGCCCAGUUACAUCGUGAUUGCGGUGCUCAACAGCCUCACGGAUCUCGGUAUUAUCAUACUACCAAUGCCACUUCUGUUCAAGGUCAAAGUGCCCUUGUAG